UCUGUCAAAAUACGAAAGGAAUGAGAGAAGUAGAAUUUGAGAUUGUGAUUAAAAUUUAUUGCUAUACGAAGAUCGUAUCCUAAUAAUUUUCGUUCAGUGUAUGAAUUACAUUCUUUAAGUAUUUUAAAACAGUUUACAUGUUUGUUUUUCACUUAAGUUGUCAAAAUGGGGGAUUUGCCUUAUUUGACUUGUUUGGUUUUGUACAUAUUUUCUUUUCAAAUUAUAGCUAUUAAUUCUCGCACCUCUAAUAUUUGGAAAUUGGACGCUGAAGAAGGACAAAUCAUCGAUGGUAGUAAGUUGCCGCAGGAUGAGACAGACAAAUCUAAAAUAACAGAAGAAGAUGCUGUAUUCAAUAUAAUUACAUCCACUGUGUAUUAUGGAAACACUUGGACUAAGCAUGGCUUUGACAUGUUCUGCACAGACUGCCAAGUUUUUGACCAGCAAAGGAAUGUAAUGGAUAAUGUUGAAGAAACACCUUCAGCAGAAAGCAAUGGAGACACAGAUGAAGAAUAUUUGGACUGUGGAAAAGCUGUUAACUUCACAUAUUAUGAUAAUUUAGUUGGGGUUGCUAGACGGCAUAGACACCCUAAUGUUCCUGAACCACAGGUAGCUCUUAUAUUCACAAAGAAAAAGCUGUACAAAAAUGGUGUAUCAGAACUAGACAUAAAUGCAUUAGAGAAACGUUUGAAAAAAGCGAAAAGAGAAAAACCAAAGUCUGUACAACUUUAUAACCAGAUUGGUAAUUUCUGGAGAAUAAAAGGCGACACUCGACUAUCUAUUGAAUGUUUCCGACGAGCGCUUGCAGUCUCACCUUAUAAUGCAGAGGUGCUGCUGAACCUAGCGCGCGUGCUGUUCACGCUGCAAUACCUGGACGACGCGAUCUACCUGACGCGGCGGUCGCUGGAGGUGCAGCCGCCGGACCGCAGCGCCUGGCAGCAGUACUUCACGCUAGGGGAGAUAUUCAAAGCAUAUGGACAUUAUCAAGAGGCGGCGCUGCACCUGAAGCACACGCUGGACCUGCGGCCGGACUUCGAGCCGGCGCUCGCCGCGCUCAAAGACAUCGAGAACAUCCCCGAGGCCUCCGUGCACGUCUACACGCUGCUCAUCAUCAUCUGCUUGGUGAUGGGCGUGCUGCUGGUGAUCCUGUCCUCCGUGGAGAGUGGCGGGGAGGUGGAGGAGCACAAGACGCAGCGGCACUUCAACCGCGCGAUGGCGAUGCGGUCGCUGCGCGGCGCCGCGCCCUCGCUCGCUCGCGGCAGGAAAAAAGGCGGCUCCUAAACACAUGUACCUUCGGACCUGAGUUUCUAGUUUUGUCACUUGUAUUUUUCACCGACUUCCCCAAAGAAGGAGGUAUUCAAAUCGUCUGUAUGUUUUUUUGUGAUUAAUACUUUCGGUUGUCUUUGAAUUUCAAUGA